CAGCCUAAUCACUCACCAUGAAGUUUCUGAUCAUCGCCUGUGUGGCCGCCGUGGCCGUCGCCGCCCCCCAAUACAGCUAUGGCGCUCCUCGUGCUGCGUCCAGUGAGGAGCGCGAGUUCGUGCCAAUCCUCAAGGACGACCGCGUCCACGAGGAAGAUGGAACUUACAACUUCGACUUCGAAGCUGCCAACGGCAUCAGCUUCUCGCAGGCUGGAUCCCCCGACGGUGAUGAGGACGCUGUGGUCAAGGCUGGAGAAUACUCAUACACUGCUCCCGAUGGCACUGAAAUCCAUGUCCGCUUCGUGGCUGACGAGAACGGCUUCCAGCCUCAGGGCGCUCACCUGCCAGUGGCUCCUGAGUUCCCCCACCCAAUCCCUCAGUUCGUCCUCGACCAGAUCGCAAAGGCCGCCGAGGAGGACCGCAACCGCAGCGACGAAUCCGACGAAGUUUCCGCUCCUUCCAGACUUUAUGGCCGACCCAACUAGAUUCGA